GGAAAGGCCGCCGCGGGAAUAUAAGUAGCGGCUCCGACCCACAGACGCCAGCCGGUGACGAUGGCUUUCUAUCUGAAGCUAGCGACCGCCUUGUGUCUCGCCGUCGCAGUCCCGCAGAGUGACCCGCGCGUGCCCUUUUCGGCGGUUUCCUACGCGGGGCGCGGCAGAGCGGUGCGCAGAGACCUCGGAGGAACUGUGUCCAUCCGGUGCCGAGCUGUUGUCGGAGCGAGCCCGAGGUCCCUGAGGCUGGUCAAGAGCGUCGGCGACGAGACCUUCACGCUCGCGGCCCGGGGCGCCUCGCCGAGAAAGGUCAUGGUCGACGCCGUCGUCGGCGGAAGACUUCGGUUCAGCGGGACGUUCCCGGACUCGGAGGCCGUCAUCGAGAACCUGAUCGCCGAAGACACGGGCCAGUACUGGUGCUUUUACUCGGGGCGCGAGCCUGGGUUCGACCUGUCCUUGGACCAGCGGGGAACCGGGUCGGUGCUCCUGGUGGUGGCGGCUGGCCCUCCUCCUUCUCAACAUUCACGCAAGUUUCCCAAAAGGGCUGCGGGGGGUGUAACGCAGGCUAGCUAAACGCGCCGCGGGCUAAACGCAUUUUAUUUGUAUUUCAUUUGCUGUUCCCGACGACGACGACGACGACGACGACAGGUACGGCGAGCUGGGGCGACGGCUUGGCGGCCCUGGUGGCGAACGUGACCUGCGUCGGCGCGCUGCUUCUGGGAACCGCCGUCGUCAUAGGGCUCCUCGCGUGGAUCAUCCACGAGACCCGGAUGUGCCGAACGGCCGAGCGCGCCCGGCGGCCCGACGACGCCGUUUACGAGGACAUGCGGCCGACCGUCGCGCCCUGAAGACGAAGCGAGGGAGCGAGCGGGCGGCCACUUCUCACCGUCGCUUUCGCGUGACGCGAAGGAGCACCCGGACCCUCGUGCGACACGUGUUUUCCACGUAAACGAGCACCCGUCCCCGUCGCUGCGACUUUGGAGUCCGUGUGCGUGCGUGCGUGCGUAUGUGUGUGAAAUAAAAUAAAAGGUUAAAACCAAUCUCCACGUGUCGUUGCCUUGUCGUGUAGCGUAUGGCACAAGAUUUGAGGGGCCGCUUGUGACAAUUUAAUUCGCGGUGGCCACCUCGGUUCGCGUACCCUCGGUCGGGGUUCGUGUGGCCGAUGACAUCGAUGUCGGUGACAUACUAACGAAUGCGCACGCGGAAACGGUCGCGUGCUACUCACGGAUCGCCUCGACGCCGGGAAGCGCUCUGCCGACAUGUCGACUUUCUACCUGAGCCUCGCGGCGGCGACCCUGUGCCUCUCCUGCGCGGCGGCCCCGCGCGGUCCCGGGCCCGACGAAGCGGUGUGGAGGGAGCCCGGAGAAGCCGUGACCGUCCGGUGCCGAUCUUCCCAUCCGAAGCCCGAGUACCUGAGUCUGAUGACGGGUCGCGGCGCCGGCGGCCGCGGCGACGUAAGGGUCCUGUUCAAAGACGACCAGCCGGGCGGCGGCACCGUCGCCCCCGAAUACCGAGGCAGACUUCGGUGCAGCGAAACGUUUCCGGACGUGGACGUCGUCAUCGACCCCGUGACUCCCGCCGACGCGGGACGGUACGAGUGUGUGUAUUUGAAAUACGAUCGCCAACGGCGACCCGUGGAGUUGCCGGGCACGGGGUCGGUGUUCCUGGUCGUGCCGCAGCCGUCGUCGCCGGGCGAGAGGUGUCGAGACGAGCGAUGGGAUGACACCCCCCCUACGACACUGGCGACCUGCGCCUUUGUUGUCCUGGUCGUCGUCGUCAUCGCGUGGUGCUUCGCGUGGACGCUCCUGAAGGCGUGCAGGAUGUCGAAGGAAGCGCUGCGGCGGUGGCGGCAGCGGCAGGAGAGGAAGAAGCUGCAGCGGUUCCCCCUCGACGACGUGUACGAGGACAUGAACGCGACGGUGGCGCGCUAGAGACAUCGGCCGACCGGGGCAGAGAGAGAGAGAGAGAGAGAGAGAGAGAGAGAGAGAGCGCGAGAGAGAAA